AUAGCAUUUCACUAGUACUAUUUAAGCAUCUACUAUUAACCUGAUUUUACUGACAAUCCAAGCACAGGAGGUGAAGGGAAAAAGUGUUGGUCUCAAGGAGCACUUCUGACAUUGGCUAUGAUCACUUCAAACUUUUUGCUUUGGGUUUUCAUGGGCAUUUUGGGUUCUAAAUGGCAUUAACAAUUUCUAGGUGCAAAUCUAGCUUCCAGCAUUUGGGUUCAUGGACUGGUAUUUAUUUCAUGGUUUGGAAAAAAAGUAUUUUUCUGAAUAUAUGUAUAAAUUAUCUCUUGGGAUACCCACGAGAAUUAUGUGACAAUGAACUAUAUAGUGUCAGAAUCACUGUGAUUUUAUACACUUCUUUUCAGGUACCUUCUUGAAGUAUGGAAUUUGUAUGGAAACGAUGGUGGUUUCAGCUGGGCUGUUUAUUGAUAGUGAAUUUGGUUUAUGCCAGUCUAGAGUAUCAAAAAGAAACUCCUCCAAGCCUGCUUGAGAUUGACCAUCAGUGCUGGGAGGUAUCGUCCCAUGGGCUGGUGGAAAUGAAGAAACUCAAGGUAGCAGAUACAGUCAUUGCUCUCUGGGACUUCAUGAUGUUCCUAAAGGAGUCCCCUAAGCCCAAGCACAAUGAACUCUUCAAUGAUUUAGCCCAGAACUUCUGGGAUAUGUAUGUAGACUGUGUGCUCUCAAGAUCCCAUGGAAUGGGCAGAAGACAAUUAACAUCUCCCAAAUAUUCUUCCACAUACUCACACAGAACUUUAGAAGGGUCUGCUUACACCAAUCCAUUUUAG